AUGGCCUGUGGAGGAGUGAGAGUUGGGUGUCUUGUAAUGCUUCUGGUGGCGAUGUUGGCUCUCAGCAACAACGUCUCAGGUACUCGAUAUUUUGAGAAUCGUUUGAGUAAUGUGACCAUCGAUUCGAUAUGUUGCAGAGAGUACUAUAACAUGGGAGAGUGUAUUCCUGGGCAGAACGACGCACCUGGUGGGAACUGCUAUGAGUUUUGCAUUCAGGAGUGUAAAGGUGCACUCUGCAAGCAAACCUCUGAAGGCCACCACUGCCAUUGUCUGUGUUGA